AUGUCCGGAAUCGAUAACAUGCGCGAGAAUGGCGCCGCUUAUGCUCCUAGUUUCGCCUUUUCCCGGCCAUACCGGGAGGUAUUCCCGCCGACUCAUACGACCAAUAUAACCUGCUCCACAGGAGCAAGUGAAGGAAUAGAUGCACAUUGAAGUGGUCUAGGGUGGCAACUUAUCCUUACCUUCUCUGCGUAAAAUAGAGGUAGUAGAGAAGGACAUUUGGACCCUUGCUGCUGGGAAGGUUAGCGAGACAGCUUGAUCAAGACGUCUCUUUAGGAGUCCACUCGCAGCGUCCCUUUGAUAAGGGAGUUUGAUGAACAGAGUUUUUUUUCGGCAGUCGGUGUGGCGGGUUUUACUGUUCAUUCGGUAAUAUUCUUUGCAGUAAACUUAUCAGGGUACCUGGAUUUUUCUAAGUUCCUCCUCGAUGCUAUCUCUUGAGCAUGUUUUUACUUCUAUCCCGUUCUCAUAUAAUUGUUCUGGCUCGAUGAAAAUUCAUCAAAAGCUACGUAUGCUCGCCACCUCGUCUUCUGAUUCCAGUUCCUCAAGAGAAAACAAUUUCCCGAUGAGCGUGUUCAGAUGUAGUCGUUCGAAAGAUGGAAGUCAUCAUUUUUUAGCUGCAUAGUUGGUGGGAAGUUUGUCAGCAGUUUUGACGCUGACAACAAGAGUCAAGAGUAUAGAGUUAACAAAGGCUACCACGAAUGUAGCGAAGAAGAGUGAAGUUGCCAUUACCCACUCUGAUAAAUUUGAUUCAGAAGCGGGACUAAUCUAUUAACUAAAAACAGUCCAGUCAAAAUCGCAGCAAUGAGGUGUCUACUCGAAGAGAAUGCUUCAGUGAACAGUGGUAACUGUCGAAGGGGCACCAAAAAAUACACAUUCAUAGGCACAACAUUCCUUUUCUAAGCUCCUGAGAUGAGCUGAACAACUAACGUAACAGUGCAUCAGGCUUCGUCUCGGGUCAGAUGAUUGGAGCCCAGGGGUAAUGGAGCUGAGAGAUGAGACAGUGCUCGGGGACAACUCCUUCAGUCGAAUUCAGGCGAAAUUGCAAAUCUCAAAUAGAACGGAAGAACUUAGGACUAUGAUAAAAAAGAUUUUUAGGCAUAGGACCAAUUAUGGCAGUGGGUCAUGUAUGGGGCGUUUUUGACGCAAGGAAAAAAGACCACACCGUUGGUGUAGCUCAUGUGCAGAUUGGAUGGGACGGAAAUCAAGAAGAAGGCAAAACAGUUACGAUUUGGCAGAACAGUCCUUUUACUCAGUCCUAAGGGAAGAAACAGCAGCGUCCAGUGUGUCCACAAUCCAGACAGAUAAAUCUGGAACUUCUUUCAAACCCGCCUAAUCACAGUCUUUCACUCACUAGGCGUCUAACAGUUCUCUGCCGUUUCGAGAUCUGUAGUCUAUCAGAAAGAACAAAAGGAGACACCCAAAAACCCAGGUUAUAGUAAUCGGGGUUCGCAACUUUCACAUAGGUACGACUUUGAGUGUAUUGUCAGACUAGUCUUUAAAGUAUGCUUAAAGCUACGGUAUAUGGCGCCUGGUAAUGAAAAAACCGCCUAACAAUUUUCAGCAUAUAAGUAGAAUUAUCUUCACUAGAAAUGAGAUUUUGUAGAGGACAACUUCGACUCUCAGUCCCGCAUACUACUGUCCACACUUUCAUAACACUGAGAAUUAGCAGAAAUGCAUGCCAGUCUCGUAGCAGACAAUUGCAUAGUGGAAAUUUCGUGAAACCAUAGACUCAUUUCAGCAUGGCCCAACAGACCACAUCAAUUUUUGCGUAGGGGCUGUGACUUAGCGGGCAUAACAGGACUUCUGGCUAGGCACGUAGAAUUUUUUUACACUAAUAAUCAACUUUGUUGUUAGAACAAUGAACUGCGACAAAUGGAUGGGCCCUAAAUAAUGCUUAAGUUAGCAAUAGUUUUUCCGUUGUUUUAAGAAGAAAGUUCCGUCCCGCAUACACAGAUAGCGUUUGCAGUUUACUCUAACCUACAGGCUAACUUACAAGUUAAGCAAUUAUAGCAGACGUGCUCUACACAGGGAGACAACUCAUUCAGCCGGAGACAAGCUGUCCCGGAUUCUGGCCACAGCAGUCUAGACAAGACUGCACAAACAAACGAGAUUUCUUAGUUUUGGGUUCCUUACGGGCGACCAUUCAUUCAAAAGAUAGACACUAAGCGAGAAGAACUUAGUCUUCAAAGACGUCUUUGACCAGUGUUUAGGCAUAUAUGUAGAUAUACAUUGGUAGAGGGACGCUCACCGAUCGUCCUUACGGAACUCACUCGUUCCGUUGUGCCUUAGGGGCUCUCUCUCGAGCUCACCCAGCAACCGCACAUCGGCGCAUGAUAUAGGCAAAAUAUUAUUACCGACGAAGCCAAGGGAGACGACGGCUAAUAAACCACAAAUGGGCAUUCCAGCCUCCCUUGUCUUUGUCGGCAAUAACAUUCUACCUAUAUAUACAUGUACAUGAUGGUACAGGGACACUUACCGAUCGUGUUACUGAACUCACUUAUCCCGUUGUGCGUUAGGGCUCUCUCUAGAGCCCCGCCAGCAGCCGCACAGCGGCGCAUGAUAUAGGCAGAAUGGUAUUACCGACAAAGACAAGAGAGACUGGAGUGGCCGUUUCUGGCUUGUUAGCCGUCGGUUAUUCUUCUAACCAACAGGUGUUCCACAUCUCGGGCUUGGAUAUUACUGGAUGACGACGGCUGAUAAGCUAGAAAUGGCCAGUUCAGUCUUCCUUGUCUUGGUAGGUACUUUCCAAGGACAUGGAAUACAAUCUCUUCGAUCCAAACUUCCUAGGCUUCCUUUAAACUUGGAGUUCAUCAAAUAAUCAGAAAAUCUCACAGACGAUGAAUGUUUCAAAAGCCGGAAUAGCACUGUACAAACCCUUUAGAAGCGAAACUAUUUUUCAGUUUUAUCACAUGAAGAAGUGAAGGCAAAAUCUUUGGAGCACCGAAAGCUCAAAAACCUAAUGUACCAUUGCGAACGAUGGUAUCAUUAAUCGCUACAUCAAAUCACAAAAUUUCUAAAUGGCCAUUCCAUCAACUUCAUCCAUUAACAAAGGACUGUGAAAUUUCAAUCGAGAAUUUUAUUGAAUUUUUAGACAAAGUACGAGGACUCGCUACUGAUGUGGAGGAGAUAAUGGUAUCUUUCGAUAUUGUCUCUCUAUUCCUGUCUAUACCACUCAAUUUGGCUAGGCAAUGCACAGAAGAACUCCUACAAUCCUACGACAUCUAUGUUUCUGCACUUGCUUUGCUUGAACUCUUGGACUUAUGUCUGGAAAAAAACUUUUCAUUCGCACACGAAUACGAUUAACAGCUAAAAAGAGCUCUUAUGGGGUCACCUUUUUCUGGCUGAGGUCACAAUGCAAAAUCUAGAGGCAACAGCCUGACCAUUAGCCAAUCUCAAAAUAUGGGUACGCUAUGUAGAUGGCACCUUUGUUGUUUUCAAGAGAAAUCGACUGGAAACGAUGCAUAGCGUUAUCAACUCAACACCAUCAGAAAUCACAUUCACGCUCGAAAAAGAAGUUGACAGGAAACUUCCAUUUUUUGAUGUCCUCGUACAGCGAAAAACUGACGAGACAUUCCACACAUCAGUGUACCGCAAGAUAGCUUCUGCGUAAGUUAUCCUACAUUACAAGAGCAACCCUCCUAUCGCUCACAAACGAAGUGCUGUUAAGACCCUACUUAAUUGAACAACAAUACACUACUCUGAGAACGAAGCCUACCAAAUAUAACUCAAUUAUUUGUUCAAAUUACUUUCCCAAAAUGGCUGCCCUGGAGCUUUCGCAUGCCGAUGCACGGGACAGCAAGAAUUAAAAGGAAAGUAUAUAAAACUAGAUUGUUCCGACCUGGCGCCAAAAUUAAAAAAUUAGCGAGCACUUCCCUACAUUUGAAAUGCGUCUGAACUCGAAAGACACCUGAAGAAGCACCAAACACAAGUGGCGCAUAAACCGACAACUACGCUACGCAGCCAGCUUGUAAUCCCUAAAGAUGAGGUUGGCUAUUUAGGUAAAAAUGAAGUCUAUAAGAUUUCAUGUGGUAUUCAUAACGCGGUAAAUUGUGGUCAAACAGGGAAAUCUGUCUCUACAUACCAAUUGGCAGAAAAGAGGCGGAACCACUUAUCCCAAGCAGCCAUAUAUUCCCUAUAAACUGGACACAAAGUUGCUUGGAAUAAAACGCCCAUUGUCGGUCCCUGCCCGUACAAGAGAGGUUGAGGGUUUCUAAAGGCCAUUCGCUCUGAUGAUUCAUACAUCAAUCGGAGCAUCGACUUGGACGUCAUGUACAUAAAUAUCAAGGAAAAUUGGGAAAGGUGAUAAUCAAUCAAAACCUGAUGUCGGCCCACAGCACAGACCCAUUCGCUGUACUGACAAAACAAUAUCGUUUUUUCACGCAUGUUUACAUUUUAACUGUUUUCACGCUUUCUACACGUCUGAUGGCGACCUGAGGAACCAUUGUCAGAAGUUUACGAAAUAAAGUUUAUCCAUUUUCCCAAAUUACUCAUUUUUCUUCCAAUUAUAUUUCUCGGGAUGCUCAUCUUCCAGUACAUAUAUAUAUGUAUAUAUGCACAUACACGUUAAACCCAGCAUCCCAGUUGUGCGCAACAAUGUUGCCGUAGAUCUACAACUGAUCGAAAAUUGGAACAGGUACCCUACCAGAUCGAACAGCAUACAUUGUUCACUCACUUUUUCGAAAGCCAAAUCCCCUCACUUUUACGUUUAGGAAAAGUUCGGGCGGGAGAGGCAACUUAUGGGCUCUAUCAUAAGUGCAAACUUGUCGACAGGUGGUAAGACUUUCCGAACCUUGGUAAUCGUCGCUAACAAAGCCGAGGAGACCCUAACCCUAACUGCCUGGAACUUAGCACAAUGCCACCUGCAAUACGCGGAUAUUUAUUCUCGUGCCCUACGCCGAUACGCUGAGAGAGGCUCAAUAGUUGAACGUUCGACUACCUAACGUGCACUGACCAUGGAACCCGGGUUCGAGUUCUGGGCCAUCCAGACGUGGGGAUAUGUAUGACUGGAUGACGGCGGUUAAUAUGCCACAUAUGGCAAUCCUAGUCUCCCUUGCCGCUAAGGUUGAUCUUGGAGACGGAAUAUAAGCGUUUCUGGAGCUAAUUUUACCAACGAAAUGAUCCCCGCGUGUGUUGCAAGUUGAAAAUUUACCUUUGUGAGACACUUUCAAACCUCUGCGGAACACUAGUCAGGAACGAAAAACUGAUAAGUACUUCGGAAACCCGUUGUCAAAAUGCAAUAGAAUGGUCGACUGAACUUUAUGAAAUAUUCGCAGUUCUUCUUAGGCAUGUUGAAAUCAUAUUGACGAUAACAUCUUGUAUUUUCUAUCAGAGACGCGGACCCAAAAGUGGUUACUCUGUCAUGAUAUCUGCUGAAACUCGUUUGUGACUACAUGUUUAAUUUACUUUUCUCAAAUCUUUGCUAAUACUACACGCUUCGGCGUAAUAAAUAACUGACAGCGGUUUGACCAGCUUAUUGCGCUGGUAUGCUACUGAUGAGAAAUUCGAUCGCUGUCGCCAUCUUGCCUCAGCAACUAGCGGUAUGCAGAGCUUUUUAGGAGAUUUUUCAGCACCUCAAUCCUGCAAAACCAUGACGUGAUUGCGGCAAGCAUAAAAUCUCACGAAAGUCAUUACCCAAUCUACGAAAUCAGCGCUCACAAAUAAUCAUUUAUUCGUCAAAUGAGCCCUCGCACAGAUGUUUUCAAACUUACUUAUAAGUCAGGAAUGUUUUUACUAAAUGUCUGGAGGCUAACUGAACCUAUGUUUUUUAUACCCGAUUAUGCCCUUCAUAUUUAUUCGAUAGGGGUUUUAUGUAAGGUCUUUAUGGAGUGUGCGCAAACAGUUGCCUUUAGGCACAUGGCGUGAAAAAUUAGACCAGUGCCGAGCGCUUGUAAGAUGCAGGUCUCUAUUUAAUUGUCCCGAAUUUAGUAACAAAUAGAUGGGUUGUCUGUACCGGGUUCCGUUCCUUUUUUACGACAGUCUGCGUGGACAUUUCCGACAGCUUUCCGACCCUUGGCAGUACUCAGAAUACAGUGACUUGGUAUUCACACACCCAGCUUCGCCUUGUUAGGUUUUCUCAACUCAAAGCCAUUGUUGGAUACCUGACACUUUCCUCGCCUUGUCUGGAUGAACUGUGGGGAUUUCAAGGCAUGCGUCUUAUUCAUUUAGCCAACGUUAAUUAGAAGUAUGGCUUGUAUCUACUACACAGUGGACUUUCAUCUAAACGUCUUUGGUUAACGUUUUUCGAACAGCUAAAUUGUCCUUUUUAGUUCUAGUGAAAAUAUGCCUUUCACUAAAGUCACUUUUGUCUGCCAGUUACUUUCUCCUACUUCAUCAAGUAGUGUUAUCAUCAAGCGUUCGUCCUGGAAACGAUUUAUAUCCACCUCUUUUUCCAGCUAUCUAACAAUGACACCCUUAAAAUGAACACGGCGGUCGUUCGAGCAGUGUGCCUAACAGCAGGUAGGCUCAACUUUUCUCCAAUGUGAGCUUAAAUAAGCGUAUAGAUCAUGGUAGUUGACGCGUUUAUAAACAGUUCCAUAUUUAGUUUGCAUUCACCGCGCAGUCUUUGUAAGUAACUACGCGAAACUUGCCACGUGACUCAGUCAAAAAGGGAUUUUUUUUAACUAUUCCGAGCGAUCGCCUUUUGGUAUUUUUUGAAUGUCCCAACAAUACAUUGACAGCCGUAAGUUGUAUUUUACCUUACAUUGUUAACAUAUCCUACGCGGCGUAGCUUUACAAAUUUUAAAUAAGUGCUUAUGGGAGGUAACUUACAUACCAACCUGUACGACUAUUCUAAUCGUACUAAAAACCCAAUUCCAACAUUAUGGAUUUGAUUUGGAAAGUUUUGAACAUGCACUGAUGAUAAUUUCAAUUCAGAAGAAGAAGAAGAUGCGAUCACUGGAUUAAGAAGUUUAUUGGUCUGAUGUUUUGGAUUUCCACUCGAACCCAUCAUCAGAGACGUUUGCAGAUAAGGAAAAUUGCAAUAUUCUUGAUCAGGACCAUCCGGCCUCGAGUCUGUAGUGCUGUGCUAGGGUAUUUAACUUACUACUUAAUGACCAUGAAACCCGAGUUCCAGCCACUGAGCCUUCGAGCCUGGUUUGGAUACAUGACCGACUGGAGACGAAAUUUUACCAGAAGAAUAUAUUCCAGGUCAAUUUAUUUUUGUAGACAACAUUUGUAGGACACUUACAAAGUUAACAACAUUUCUGCUGGUGAUCAUAACACAUAGUAGGGUGUCUUUUUAGCGUUGUUCAAGUAAUACACAAAAAUAAAAGCACAUUCACUGGAUGAUCUCUGUUCACGGAAGUGGAAACACAGCCUGCUCCAAACCUUAACGCUAAGCAUAAGGGAUUUAGUAAGCGACCAGUUAUAAAGUUUUCAUGAAUAAAAGGAAACCAGGUCAUGUUCGCAUUUCAAACAUUACAGAGAAAAACGAACAUUUAUUUUUUACGCCCUAUCCCUGCUUAAAUCACUGAAUUGCAAGCAUUUGCGCAAAAUAUCAAAGAAUUAAAUUUUGGCUAAUGGCUGGAUGUCCACAAUCUAUGUAAACCUUUUCUUAACCCAAGAGAACUUUCAUGGUUCAAGAUAUCCGGCUACAUGUUGGUGUGCGAACUUUAUUAUACGAUCGGCCAGGACUGAGAACAAUCAAGUGGUUGGUUUUACGUAUACAAAGUGGACCAGUGAAAAAAUUCUUGUGUCGUUCCCGAUGUCUUGUAGUGAAAUCCGAUGUUUUCUAUGCGCUGCUUUGUCAAACAUUUCUCAAUAAUGAAAUCCGAAGCAGCGAAUUUCCAAAAUAUGAGACAAAAAUCGGGAAUAAUGUAGAACGCAACUUAUGGGAGACUCUGUGCUUUCUAAAAAUUUAUGCACAAGAUUGGUUAAGUGAGUCAAAUACCCUGCUGAAAGUUAAUUGCUGAUAGAUUCUGACUUUUCUAGGGAAAAAAGUCUCGAAAAGUGGACGUAAUGAUUAAACCACUUAGAACUCUUAAAAAAUAUGUCGGUUAUUCAUUUCAUCGAUUUUAAUACAGCUUAUAUUAGGAGUUCUGAUCUCACGAGAGUCACAAGCUAUUGACAGCGAAAUAACAGAGCAAACGUUCUCAUGCGCGAUGACCGGCCAGUUCGAUAGGACUAAAACUCUUCCGGAUGUCUAGUAAAAUAUGACAGCGGUCACUCCGUUAACCACAGAACAACCUUCCGAGGGCUUGUUCGGGCGCGAACAACUCGGGCACUGUGCUGCUUGUAAUCAGCCUGCAUACGGAGUUAAAAACCUGACAUGUGAAAGUAACUCGAACAUGUGACCAGUCUCAACUUCACAUGGCAAUUCUUACCCAGUUGGUUUACACAUGUCCUGCUCCCUGCCUCAUUGCGUUUGUGGUAAACUCUUCUCGUCGAUUAGACUGUAUGUACUAAACUAUGACCUUGCUGUUUGCACAUUGGUCUUCUGAGUAAAUUCAAAUUGCUAUGUACUGAAAAUCUGUUAUUCAUAGUUGUCACUGACUAGAAGCAGUUGAUAAAUCGUGACGAAGUGCCCUGAUACAUUAAUGUUCUGCUGUUUAUCCCAAUCUCAAUGUGUGCAUUGUAUAAAACGUUUUCGACUUCUGAAAAUAAUGAAAUUCUUGCUUAUUGUGUAUCAGUAAGCGUCACUAAAAUUUCACCGACUAUUUUUUUGUCUGCAUAAUGAUCCAACGAUUAUGGUUAAGUGGACUUUUAGGACAGAUGUUGUUGUGGUGUAAAAAAAUUUUAGGAAUUUAGGUGCGCUUCACAACUGAGAGUAGAGAUCGGCCGAAGGCUGCAUUCCAUUGGCUAAUUUCAUCUUAAACGUAGUAGUCAUAUUAAAUAUCAUAAUAUCUCAUAGUAACGAGUUUUCUGAUUGAAAUACGCGUUAGCUGGAGCUUAAAUUCGCUUUUAAUCAUGUGGUGCCGGUUAUGGGGUUAGUCUGUUUCCGCAAAUUCAAAAACGUUUUCCGGACAGAGUAAGUAAUUUUUACGAAGAUUCAAGAAAAAUAGGAUCAGACUGCAAGGCAAUUGGCCCUAGGUCGGAAGAACUAGAUCAGUAUCAUUAAUGAAGGCGAAAUUUCGAGUUCCAGGUGUAUGCAUAAGUUAAGAAGAGGAGUCGAGCACCGGAACACCGUGUUUAUUGUUCUGAGCUUUCAAAUUUGUACAGGAGUCUAUCGUCAGGGGUAGCAGCAGCAGCAGCAGCAGCAGCCGAUGCACAAUGGACUCCAGUACGACUAUGAGAGCUCAGGACAAUAAGCACAGUGUUCCGGUGCUCGACUCCUUUUCUUCCCUUAUGCUGAAGAAAACGUGAAAGGCUUUCUGCUACAAGGAAGGCUGACAGUGUAGUUUUUACUAUGUGAGCAAAAGUAACUGUCUUGGGAUGAUUCGAAACCUUUGAAUCAAAACCAUGGACCUUGGAGUUGUUAAGUAAUCAGUGAUAUUGUGGUGCAUAAUCUAUCUUUGUAGAGACAUACUGACUAAAAUUUAAAUACAUUUAAUCCGUAAAAGCACCAGAUAAGAUCUAAUUUCGUUCAUACCUAAAAUAUAAGUUGAACGACACCGAUGAACAUUAUAUAAACAUCAAUUGAGACUUCGGAACUGAACUUGUGCAGUAUCCUGCCUGUGAAUUCCCAGUAAAAAUUAGCCAGCUAACGAUGGUCAUCAGUUUCUCUGCCCGCCAUUUCCUCCCACACAUCCUACUCCUCUUUAUCCACAUGGAUCUCUUUCGAUGCCAUAAAUUUUUUGCAGAACUGGACAGGUGCAUCUGGACCUUAUAUUCCGUGGGUAGUCAAUCACUGGAUGACGUAGCUUAUCUCCCUCAGAAACAAACAGUCUUUCCUCUUUAAAUUUUCUUUCUAAAUGCCAGAUCGUUGCUAAAUAAGAUGUCGUUGUGUUCGACUCUGGUGUUUGUCCGUUGCCCAUACAUUGCUUAAGUAACUGAGACAUGGACAACAGCGUCCGUAGCUGAUUCCGAGCUCUCACUUCUCAGCUAUACUUGCGUUCGAAAUGAUCGUCAUGAGAGCCGUAGUGGGGAAAGCUGCAUCUACGUUAAGCAAGCAUUUGCAUUUCACCGGCUAAAGUCUUCAGGAGAGCGACAAAUACGACGAAAUACUGAACUUCAAUAGCAACCACCCGACCAGUCACAAACGCAGUUGCGUAAGGGCGCUAUGCCGGCUCGUUGAGACGUACUGCAGUGAAAUGCAAGACAAGGUUGCUGAAUUAAAAUAUCUUCGACGGGUAAUGAGAGCCAAUGGUUACCCGCGCAACUUUGUCAACCAAUGCAUACGAAAAGGACACCAGAGACCAAAUUCAACCGUCCCCAAAUUUUGGCGGACUCUUCCGUACGUGAAGAACGUCUCGGAAGCCGUCAGUCGUCUUCUCACUCCACUUGGAGUUGGGGUUGCACACAGGCUGGAAGCAACCAUUAGGCGCCAAGUCAUGAGGCCAAAAGACCCGCUGUCACGGCAGGAAACGUCCAGAGUCGUUUACCGGAUCUGGUGUAGUUGCGGACAAAGCAAUUAUGUCGGAGAAACUGGGAGAUUACUCCGUACGCGAAUUGCCGAGCACGCAGCAGCAGUGAGGCGGGGGGACGCUAACUCUCAGGUGGCGGCACACUCGAGGGGACCCGACCAUAUUUUCAAAUUUCAAGAGGCCGAAAUCCUCGCAAGGGGUGACAACUGCGUGAGCCGCGAGCUGCUCGAGUCAUGGUUCUCAGGCCCGCAAACCAUCAACAAGCGCAAUGACCUCCCAGUACUAUAUUCCGUGCUGAGAUUUUCCCUGGGCAGGAGAAUCAGUCGCGUGGGGAGGGCGCGGGCGAGUAAAUAUCACAGUGCAAGUGAGCCAGUUUGCCGAGCAAUUGUCACACCAGCAUCCAGCACAGAUGACGAAAUCACGGCAAUUGAGGACUCAGACUCGGACCGACAAGUCACCGCCGCAUCAAUUACGACCCCAGCGGCGAUUGCGAGAACUGUAAAUUGCAGUGCGCAUACGGUCCCACGGCAGCCACGUGCUAUAUAUACUGCACUCCGGAUGCCACCAUCACCUUUAUCUGCGAAUGUCUCUGAUGAUGGAUUCGAGUGAGAAUCCGAAACGUCAGGCCAAUAAAUUUCUUGUUUCAGUGAUCGCAUCUUCAUCUUCUGACUUGCAUUUCUGCUGCUGGACCUUUCGCAUCUUUCCGGGGCAAAAAGGACUGCCGGCUUUAAGUUGCUUUAUAAAUGAGUACUCUUUACUCAUUGGCUGUGUCUAUGGGCCACCCAACGCAAAUGAGGAUUUUGAUCGUUGUCUCACAGGAACAUUUCAUGUCACGGCCGACUUAGACUUUAAGUAUCAAUUGGUUGCGGACGAAUCCAAUAUUCCUGAAGCCUCCUGGUCUCCACCUUCCGGACCCCUGAAAACAAGACGACUUUUUUCGUAGCUGUGGAUAUUAGCAUGUGCAAUCAGGUUGUCGGUUUUCUCACCAAACAAUCAAGCAUAUCUGACCUAACUUUCUAUAGAGGUUGCAUGCCUUUGUCGGUGCCAUCCACUGGUCCACUCGGGGGCUCAGAUCAAGAUAUAGAUUUCCUAUGUUAGAAUCCUAGACUUAUUCGAUUUCCGAUCAGCCUGUUCAGCCGAAUUAUUAUCACACCUUUAUUACUUUGACUGGGAUGAUUUAUUCCCAAGUUCGGAUGGAAAUGUUUGCAGCGUCAAAAUAUACGUAGACUUGGGUCCGCUUAUUUGUGGUUUUGUUUCCCGUAAGAAAAUAAUUAAGGUUGGGGAUGAGGUUUUCCUCCCCUUUUGCCGCAGGUUGCUCUGACUCGAACGUCGACUCCAUCUGCAGAACGAUGUUUCCGUUCUCCCCUCGAUUUUUCCUGUUUUUGAUUGGACUGAGUGAGUGUCCGAAGAAAAGCGGCUAACCGAAGCGAUUCACUUAAACGAGAAUCGCUCGUUAUACGUUACGAAACUCUUCUCCAGAAAAGUUAGAGCUCAUAGAAAAACGCAGUAUCCUAUCCUCUGGGGAAUCCCUUAGCUGACGCCAAGUUGACCGCCGACAGUUUCACUGAUUUAUAGUACAAAACCUUUAUUUAUAACUCGACCAUUCCACUUUCGAGCAUCCAGGCUUGGACCGGGGCCGUUCUCAAAACUGCAACAUUCACCCUCUGAAAGGUGACUGUAGCAAAUCCGCGUUUUCGUCAAUCUCAUAGUCCGGGACCUGAUGGCGUGCCAGAUAACAUUUUAAAAGCGAAUGCAAAUGAAGUUUUGCCGCCCAUCUAGUGCAAGAUAUAUAAUCCUGCCCUAGAUUGUGAAACCCAUUGGGCCUUGUGGAUGGAACCACACAUUUUGCCUAUUCUCAAGCACGGACCAACUACUUCAUUUGAUGACUUUUGCCCAGUAAACAUCCUCCCAGCAGUUUCGACAAUCUUACAGGUACUAAUCAAGGACAAGGUGAUGAGAAUAAUCUACUGAGUACUGCUUAACAUGGAUUCCCAGAAACUCUCUUUUCUUUGAUCGUGUUCUUCAAUCUAGGGACAACAAUUUAAAUAAAUAAAUAAAAUAAGUUUAUUAAGGACCCAUCGGGGUCCCUUCAUAGCAAGUAAAAGUAAAUGUUCAUCUGAAUUUUAGACGACGUAGGCGGAAUCUGUAAAAAUGCAAUUCCUAGUUGCUGAAUUAGUAGUCCCUUAAGAAAACUGAUAAGCGAGCAUCGAAAAAACACCAUGAUACGAUACAAAAUAAUGGGAUUAACUUUACAGGAGAGUAAAAACUGUCGCUCAUGAAAGGACAACAAAGCGAGCAGGACCGGCUUGCAUUUGGCGAUGUAUAGCGGGUUAUAAACGCACAUCGUCAGGGCAGAAAUAAAUGUCAUCUAUGAGGGGUAUGUAUGCGGCCCAGACAGGACUGGCAUGCAUGUGGUAUUGUAUAAGGGAUUCAAAACGGACAUCGUCAGGGCAGAAUUGAUAGGCCGGAUGAGACUAUUCACGUCAAAGUGGCGAGACGAGAGGAACCCAGACGCGAUCGGUCACAGUCCGCUUCGAGCCCAGCCGAGGAGUGGGGAAAGGAGACUCGACCAAACUACUAGUAGACGGCGAAUACUGAGGGUUCCGCUGUGAGCGUCGACAGACCGCUUGAGGUCGAAAUGAGGAGAUGGCGACAAGAACCGCGAAAAUCGUCGCUAUGGGGGAUGAGUGAUAGCAGUAGAACUAGUAACCAAUUCAAGAGCGUGGGUUGUAAAGAUAUAAAUGAGGGUUUCCACCACUAACUCUACCAUUAAAUCCCUGGAGGACACUUCUCGAAGUCAAAAAGCUGAGUGUUCGGGGAUAAGACCGUUAAACUUGCCUUUAUACUUUCCGGUGUAAUACUUUUGCGUAAUUUCGACUUGAAUACCAGUAACUUAGGCGAUGAUCUAAUUUCUGGCGAAAGAUUAAUCCAAAGGAAGGCACGCUUGGAAGCAAAAAAGAAGGAGCGCUUAGAUGUAGUGCAAAGAGGCGGUGGAAUCACCAUGGACGAGUUGCGCGUGGCAUAAGCCCGAUUUCUCUGAGGGAGAGUGACAAUGAGUGGAAGAUUGCAGCUAGAGUUAAUGCGAAAAAGGGAGUAAAAGUCAGCUUCGAGUUUUCUAACCAACAAAAACUUAAUGUUCGCCAGCUGACAUCUCUGACUAUCAGAAGUACCGGAUGCGACUUGAGAGAACAAUUUCCGGGCGAAAACCCUCUGAACAUUUUCGAUCUUAUUAGGUUCACAGGCGUUCAUUAAACUAAAGAAAGGAUAAGAGUAUUCGAGGACAAGAAGAACAAACAUUUGAUAAAGUCAUAGUUUCAUUUCCGGAAGGAAAACGUUAUGCGAUAUGAACCCAAAUAUCUGCGCGGCUUUGGCAGAGAAUCCAUCUGCAUGAGGUGAUAAAACAAGUUUAUUUGUAUAACUCAAAUCUAGUCCCCUUCUGGUGAAGGAUUCUCAGAGUGGGUUAUUCUGAAAAAUUAUGACAGCACCAAAAGACAUGAAACUACACUUGGAUGAUGAAAUCGCCAUCUACCAUGUUGAACCCCAUAUGUUUAAGCGUAGUAAAUCGGCAUUAAUUUCCUCAACAAAAACAUUUGCGGUGACUUUAAAAUAUGAGUAAACACACCUGAGGUCAUCGUUAUAAAUAAAAGUUCACGAAUUUCCGAGUUCAUUCGAAAUAUCAUUGACGUAAAGAAGGAAGAGUAGCGGAUCCCGAACCGUGCCUUGAAGUACGCCGCUCGUGAUCGAGUGAGGUGUCGGGUAGCUAUUAUCAACCAUGACUUUCUGAUAUCGGUUGGAUAGACAGGACCUAAUGAAUUCGAGUAGAGUCGGCCAGAUGCCAAUGGCCUUCAAGUUUACCAAAAGACGUCUAUGGGGCAUCUUGUUGAAUGCUUUGCUAAGAUCAAGGAGAUAACCACCACCGACUGCUGUUCAUUACGAAAAGAAGUGAUUAGAUUAACAAAUGCCAAGUGGCAAGUUUCGCAGGAUUGUUCAGGUAAAAAUCCAUGCUGACUAGAGCUCAGAAGGAGAUUAGCUGGACAGAAGUUAAGAAUUUCAUAGAAAAUUACGCUUUAAAGAAGUUUUGCUGGAGACGGUGUUUUGUCCACGUCCCGAUAGUUAUUACCAUCGGACGGAGAUCCAGACUUGAAGAGAGGAAUAAUAAUUGACGUUGUCCAUGUUUCGGGAAAGGCUCCUUUUGAGAUAUAAACCGAGAAUAAAUGACUAAGCAAUAUGGGAAGGUCGGAUGCCUGUUUAAUAAUGGAAUUUGGAAUCCCUUCCGUUCCUGAGCAGUGUGAAUUAUUCAAACGACUUAUGUGUUUCUUAAUGAGAUCUGAGGAGACAUCGAUUGUACUCAGUGUCCUAUCGGAAAGUAAACGAUUAGAGGGACUGGUUCGGAUUCAGUAGUGAGGUGUUUUGCAAAGAAAGCACUAAACAACUCCGCCUUGUCACUUUCAUCGUUGAGGAAAACUUUGUUAUCAUUAAGCAGAGGUGGAAGUUCGUGACCACGCGUAGAGGAGGGUCGAUGACGGAAGGUGUUGGCGACGGAUUUGUCAGGCUUCGGGUCACUGAGAGCAAGUGAUUCUCUUUGCCUGUCGCGCGCUUGGCCAUAUCCUUAAGGGCAUUUCGAAAAUCUAUGCGAUUCUAAACUGAACUGAUAAAGAAGUAGUAGAUAGAUCACGCAACUACCGUCUCAGCUGUUUAGUCUGUUGCGAAGAAAGUAAGGAACAAGGAAAUCUGAAGAAAUAGACUUGAGAUAUCUGCGCGGCACAAACUCUAUGAUGUCCUUUGAAACAUUGGACAUGCCAUGACGAAGAAUGGUUGCAUCUCUACAGGAGAGGAGACCACACCAAUCCAAUGAUCUAAUAUAGUUAUUUAAUAAUUGGUUAUGUACGCAAUCGUAGUUUAGGUGAGUCCGAAAUGUGCAAGUCUUUAUUGAAAAGGCAAGUGGUAAGAAACAAUGAAUUAAUAUGUUGUCACUAUCAAAGAGGUCCUUUCGAGGACUUUACGCGAUUUACGCAGUGUAAUUCGAUUUUACUAAGGCUUUUGGCAGUGUUGAUCCUGCUCUUUUACGCUUGAAACUUUCCCCUUUCUAAAUAGGUCAUGGACUUCUGAUUCUUAUAUCCUCUCACCUAGGCGCACGCACACAACGAGUAAAGAUUUUCGAUGUUAUCCCCAACACCGCUUCCGUGAAGAGCGGAGUUAUUCGGGGUACUGCGUUUGGGCCGAUAUUAUUUUACCUUUUUAACAAUGAUUUGCCGGAUAUAUUUAAGAAUUGGUAAGCCCUCCGUGUAUACCGAGGAUUCGAAAGAUCGUGAUUUUGAGUUCGAACUGUUCAAGAGCGGCCUUUUGGCCUUUGCCUUGUAGUACUGAACAAGACGCUUUUCUCAUUUAUCUCAUAAAUUUACCUUUUGGUGGUUGGCGAUGACCAUCAGCCUCAGUUACGUAUUGGCGUUGACGACAUAAACAUCCAUGAAGUUAUAAAAGAUCUGGGUGUAGUAUAUUCUAAGAGUCUAUUACGUUCGGAGUACCGCCGCCUGAUAAUCUCCAAAUAUUGAAAUGCGCCUUUAUAAAAUGUAUGUUAAAACUGGGCUGGAAUACUAUGCGUUUUUAUUCAGUCGCCUUCGUGCUGCUGAGCAGUGGAAUAUAGAAUCCGUCCAACAUUUUCUGUCGAAAGAGUUUCAACCCUUGACCGCCGAAAUCUAACUUACCGAGGACGUUGCGGACUUACAGGCCUUGAUCUGUUGAGGUUCUGUCGAUUACAGAAAGGCCCUUUUUACUGCUUAAGCUUCUAAAUAGUUGUACUUUUGAUCCACGAGAUGUUUUGAUUUCCUUCUCCGGCACGUACCAUUACAUAGCGUCAGUUAUUUUCUGUGGGCACUAUUACAAUGCAAAACAAAAUACCAACAAAUCUGAGAAUUCUGCAGAAUUAUUCUUAGUUUAAGAGAACCAUUACCCGUUUAUUACAUUCAGGAAAACUCCCGCAAUUUUGGGGUCUGAAUCCACAUAAUUAAUCUUCCGUAGUGCAGGUGUUCAUGGUCUGUUUUUCCCCUUCCCGGUAUCAUCCUGUGAGAAAUGAUGCUGAUUCUACAGCCCACAACACAACGGAAAAUUUCUUCAGCUGACAGCGUUCAACUGUUUUCCAAUGCACUUUGUCCGGUCUAUUCCCAGUUGUACGAAAAGGAAUAUUCAGUGAAAAAAUUUGACGUAGUUAAAACCAUUAAUUUUUGGACUGACGUCAUUACAUGGAAGUAGUUUUUUCCCUGAAUCCUCCGACCUACCCAAAACACCAACACCAAUUUUUGCUUUCUUAUGAGUCUUCUUUACAGCUAGCCUGAUCCGUGCUUUAUCUCUAUUUGAACAUGCUUAAAAAUUGAGACUAAGUAUUAUUAUUAAUAUUAUUGAUAUCAUUAUUACUACUAUUAUCAUUAUUACUAUUAUUAUCAUUUUUACUAUAAGCGGCCUUUCCAUUUAACCGGAGCAGACGACUGCCCGAAUCACGUAAGUGGUCAAAACUGCAUCGUAUGCUUAACUUUGUUAGUAAUUUUACCUUUCUGUUUAGGUUAGCACCGAGGCAUAAUUUGGUCAGAAGUAAUUUUUUUAACGUAAACGGCAAGAGCCCAAAUGCAUGUCUCGCAAAAGAAUGGGCACUGUAAAAAUCAUUUUUGGGUAGAAAAGUCGAUUAACAUGAGUUUCCAAACGACUAGGCAACUAAACGCGGAAGGUCGUAUAUGCAUAGCAGAAUGGCUCUAUUAAUUGGCUGCGGAAGUUCCAUGACCAUCUUCAUCAGAAGGAUAUCUCAAGCAACAUUAUUCUUCGUAUUUUCGAUUACUAUUCUACUUUCCUCUUUUUUCUUUAGAAAUUUCCCACUUCGCCUUAGGGAUAUGGUCACAAAAUGCACAAGUUGAUUUCUGCAUCAGUACAUGUUUUACUAAAUGCAGGCCCUAAGCCUUUUGAAAAAGUGCUGGCUGGCGAUUGAACUUUACAACCAUCCAAAGAGUUCUUUUAGCAAGAACAAAUAGAUAAAUGCCCUCGUCUUACACGUCAUGGACACGAAUACUUUAAUUUCUUGUACCCACUAACCAGUCUGAAUAUAGCCUUGUGUGCCGCUGAAACUGAAAUCAGUGUGUAGGCAGCGGACUGCCUCGGUCAGUUCUGGCGAGCCCCUGAGGCUGCAGCCCUUCACUGAAAACAAAAAUAUACCUAUUAAACGGAAAUAAGAUUUUGAUUAUAUCUACAUGACACAUUUUUACGAAAUUUGAACUGCGACUGAGGAAGCAGUUGCUGCUGCCAGAUAGGACUAAUCCUAGCUUUUUUGCGUAAACCGACUCUUAGCCCUACUUUCAACACUAAUCGCAAGUGCGACCUUAGACUGAUGGCGAGGCGAAUGACCAGGAUUUAUCACCGUUAUAAAUUCACCAGAAGAAUUGCAGUGGUGACACAGGUCUAAGGUCCCACCUGACAGCACCACGACCACGUGAGCCGCGCCUACCUGUCAGUCAGCUGUGGACGUUUGCUUAUUUGUUAGCUGAGAAAUCGUCCUCUGCUGCCACCAACAGAGUACCAGACAAUAUAGGAGGAGGCCAAUAUUCAGGCUGUAUCCGUCUUCUGAAACAGUCUGCUUCGGUGAAAAUAAUAUUUGUUUCGCAGUAAGCUCACGGCAAGACUGUGUACUGGGACCUCCAAAUGUUAGAAUUAUCGGCAUGCUUGGCGCGACGUGUCCACUUCUAGUCAGGCAAGCAACUUUACCUCAAACUCACUUGUUCCUGGAAAGCCGGUGGUCAGAAUUUAAUUCAACUUCAAAUUGGCAGCCCUCAACGUAGCAAAUCCGGCCCGAAAGACUAUCCACAGCAUUAUCCAAGGAUGAAGGCUUGUUCGCCGAUCAUUUAGACGAUUCACUGGUCUGGCGUUACACGGUCGCGAGUCGUUACUCGUCCUGAAUAUGGGGCAAUUGAAUUUAGUUUCCCCCAGCAUUUUUAAAGCAGUCAGGAGACGACUCCGAGAUUUCAGCCAGUGACAUUCCCUCAUCUAAGUUCACCGUUUAAAUCCGGGCGCUGGCACAUUUGCGCAAAAGCAGUAGAUACCUGCCGUUUAAAAUUUUUAUGCGGACGUCGGUUACGGUAAUGCUCUCUGUCAUAGAUAUAAAGGGUGUUCCCUGACGAUAGUGUAUUGUGUAAUCCUUUUGCAAGCCCCCGUAUCAUAGUCCGUGUUCCCCAAUCUUUGUAGAGGCCGAAGUACGUUGCUAUGUCUCAUCAAAUUUCUAGAAACAUCACGGCGAGCCGUUUUUUCUCCUGCGUAAGUACCAUUCGCUGGUACGGUAAUGACUAGUUGCGUACCCUCCCACCUUAGGCAUCUGCUGGAUAAACCCAAUACUGUUAUCCCGCCAUCGAUAGCUCUGCUAUGGCUCUUAUAAACUUGCGCGCAGUCACCAAAGUCUGACUCCACACAAUUCAGGCAAAAAUGGAAAAAAGAAGCGGUUUUUUACUCGGUAGCGUUGACGAGGCCAACCGGUGGUCCUAUUAAGCUAGUAUGUGGUGUCUAAUGAGUCUGGAUGUUUGUUUUGAAUAUACGCAGUUCGCGAAGUCUUACCUUUACAACCUGUAUGAGAGCUGCAAAUCUUCCGACCAAACGGUGAUCCCAUGCGGCCUCUCCUUUCUGUUCACUGUUCUGAUUCGCAUAUAGCCAGCCUUUUUUUAUUUCGAUAUGUCAUGGAUGUGCGAGUGACUUGUCGCCAAUACGACGUAGUAUCCAGAUCCUACUAUCUGACUAAUUAUCACCGUAUCUUCCUUCGUGUUCUCCCGACCUGUACGUGUGCUGUCUGAUUAUGGCUUCCCUGAGAAUACUUCAGAGCUGCCUGAGCGGUUUGUAGCCCUUGCUUCCAUAUGGGGAUCUUCUGCGGUCGAUAACCUCUGUAUUGUAACCACCAGAGAUCGGGCUAAUUUAAUGUACAUCUCUAUCACGUCUAGCUUGAUUUCACGCCGAAGAGUCAGAGUACCGAGAAACUUAUCGGAAAACACUUGCUUAAAGGCUCACGACGAAAUGCGUUUUACUCCCGGGCCGAACCACACCACCCCCUCAAGUUUUCCCGAGGUCCCCUACCUCCGGGUUUUUGCUAACGCACCUGCUAACUCUGCGAUUUAACUUCUGCUCCACUUCGUCGCCCAUACAAGUGUCAUUGACCGGGAGGUAUUGGGUUUUCCACUAGUCUGUCACUCUAUUCUUAAAAUUUCAGUCUGUGUUAACUGUGCGAAUUCCUCGGUACAGAGAUCCUUUUCCUUUAAACUUGAUUUUAUUUAUAUUUCUUUGGGCUAAACCAUAUAUUCAGCGGCUUUUAUGUGCGAUCUUCACCCUUCGCCUCCCGUCUUCCGUACGCAUUGUUUGAUUCUGUUGAGUAAUAUCCCUAACCGCCCUCUCCUGUUUGUAGUUAGUAUGAAUGGCAGCGAAAAGGUCCAGAAGAUAGAAAGCUUUAUCAAUGACAGACUAAGAGGUGAUCUGAGGUAAUUUUCUGCAAUAAUAACAUACUUGUCAGGGCCACAUUAGAGGCUGGCGAUGCGGUCUAUGCAGAAAUUUCCGAAUACCUUGAACUGCAAAAUUUGCUUGAGAAAUUUUCCGAAAUGAAAGUUAAGAAUGCCAAUUUAGACACCAUGGUGGACAUCGGUUGUAAUUUCUACGUAAAAGCAAAGGUGUAAGUGGCUCCGGCGUCUGAGAAUUCAGUCCUUCUAUAGAGUACCUGUAUGUGGACAUUGGCUUGGGAUUCUACCUAGAAAUGACACAUAAGGAAGCUCUCGCCUACAUCAAGGAACGGACUGAAUUACUGAAUGAUCGCGCGGAACUGUUCCGCAAAAAGUCGUUUGAAAUCAAGGCGAGAAUAAAAGUUUGCUUAGAGGUAAUUUAUGUUCUUUUGUCUGACUUAUGAUUUAGGGUUUGCGCGAAGUGCAAUCGCUAAACGUUGAGGAACGUCCAGAUUAUCACGAUGCUCUCAGCUGA